GCGGCCGGGCGGCCGGCUCCAGACCCAAGAAAACAUGUGGAGUGGGCUGCUGCCUCCUGGCCUGAGCGAACAUGACACUGAGUUGAAUUCUGAAGAUGAAGCCACACUGGAGAACUCUGGGCUUAACUUACAGGGCGAUAAAGGAGAGGGGCGCAUUACAAAAGCAGGCUUCGCAGCGUCCCCUAGAGAUGGCCCCAAACUCGAAGUGGAAGCAAAUGUAAAUGCUUAUGAAGAAUGUCCUUCUGGAAUUCCCUUAAAUAUGUGGAAUACAUUUCAAGAGUUGCAUAAAAGACACUCUGAACAGAAAACCUCAACUUCAAGAUCCAAAGGGAGAAAAAGAAAACGCUCCAAAAAAGGUAGCUUGAAGGAUGAAGAAGAAUCUCAGAGUGCACAGACCUCAAGUGAAACCCAGUGGAAGGAACUUACUCAGUAUUUUGGAAUUAAUGAUAGGUUUGAUCCCCCUGUUAAAAAGAAAAAAGUUGAGAAGUCCAGCCUGGAGAAGAGCGUCGACCAGGCAGUGGGUGAGUGGGACAUCGAGAAGGCUGAGGAGCACAGUGACCAGCUGGCCACGCGCGAGCUUGGUGUAAAAAUUGCCAAAGCGGUUGCCUGCCACAACUUUUGUAAAAGGCAAAAGGACGCUGAAAAUUCACAGGUUGCAAGAAAAAAGAAGAAACUUGCUUGGGGGUUUGAAGCAAAGAAGAGAUGGGAGACCAAAAGCAACAUGGGGUACAUGUGACUGCAGAGUCUUGCCCACGUUUGCGUCUCUGCUCAAGCUUUGAUUGGGGUCUUCAGUUGCCCUGUUUACUGAAAAGAUAUUCCUGCGUCUGUGAAAUACAUCAGGAAAUUGAUAGAA